CCUUCAAUGCACUUUUAUUAUAGAAGUAGAGCGUAAUUUAUUUUAUUGCGGUUUCGUGAACUUCAGAUCAUUGCGCCAUUUCUGAACUUGUCGCUAACUUGUUGUGGAAGGUUGUUGGCGCGGUUACUAAGUAAAGGUUGCUGCAAAUGCAGAACACAUUUUGAAUUCAUUCCGCGACAAUUUCAAGUCAAAAUGACUCCUUUGCAAGUAGUGACAUGUCGCAAACGUAGGACGCCACAUUGUCCGUCGUUCCAGCUUUAAAUCUAGGAUACUAACAUACUGGUGGAAAGCUUGAAUAUUUUAUUGAUGUCGAACGCGCUUGUUCUGGGAUCUCUGGUUUGGUUUGAUGGCAAUGCUGGUUAUUUACUGCCAGGGAAGUUGUCGGCCUUUGUGGGACAGGAUGUCAAAGUACAGCAUGAGGAGGAUGGGCAGCUGCACACUGUUCGUGCUAAUGCUGUCCUUCCCAGACAAGAGCUUGGUACACAUGGAGUGGAUGACAUGAUAAAGAUGGAUGACUUGCAUGUUGGAUCGAUCUUGUACAACAUUCGUAAAAGAUACAGACAAGACCAGAUUUAUACCUAUAUUGGUAGUAUUUUAGUGGCAGUAAAUCCUUACAUGCAAUAUGACAUCUAUGGCCCUGAUGCAGUUCACAAAUAUUGCGCGACAUCAACAAGAAGUCAUCCACCGCAUAUUUUUGCUCUUGGGAAUGCCGCUUACCAGACUAUGCUGAGAACAGAACACAAACAAGCUAUUAUUAUCAGUGGAGAGAGUGGUGCCGGCAAGACAGAAUCUAACAGGUUACUUGUUGAAUUUUUGGCAGCUGUCAGUCAAACACAUGGAAGCCUAGUAACUAAGCAGAUUGUAGAAGCAACACCUUUGCUGGAAUCAUUUGGAAAUGCUAAGACCAUGAAGAAUGACAACUCAAGUAGAUUUGGAAAAUAUUUGGAGAUUUUCUAUGAUGGUGAUGGUAAAAUUUCAGGUGGAAGAGUGUCUGAAUAUCUUCUGGAAAGAUCAAGGAUCGUAGGACAGGCAAAUGGCGAAAGAAACUAUCACAUCUUCUAUGAGAUGCUGUGUGGAUUACCUGAGGAGCAAAAACAGAAAUUCAGUCUUACAACUGCUGCAGAUUUUAUGUACCUUAACCAGGGUAAAGCAAGUGUCAUCCCAAACAGAAAGGAAGAGUUUCACUUUCAGCAAGUUAUCAAGGCCAUGCAUAUUCUUGGAAUAUCUGAAAAUGAAAAAGAUGCCAUAUUCAAGAUCCUGGCAAUCAUUUUACACUUGGGAAAUGUGGACUUUGGAAAAACAGAGGCCAGUGGACAAGAAGCUGCUGUCAUCAUGGGACAAACAGAAGUCUCACUUGUGUCUCACUUGUUGGGCCUUAAAGUUCAAGAUCUGGUUGUAUGUUUGACCCACAAGGAAACAGAAGUGGGAGGCUCCAAAGUGCGAAGUCCGAGAUCAAUAAACCAAGCUAUAGAUGCCAGGGAUGCUCUGGCUAAAGAAAUCUACUCUCACCUGUUUGGGUGGCUUAUAAGCAGGGUUAAUGAUAUUGUGUACAGUGGCAAAAAGCAAACUUCCAUUGCUGUACUUGAUAUUUUUGGCUUUGAGGAUUUUGAGACAAACAGCUUUGAGCAGAUGUGUAUCAACUUUGCCAAUGAAACUUUGCAGUUCUUUUUUAAUCAGUUUGUCUUCAGAAUGGAACAAGAUGAGUAUGCUACUGAGCACAUCCGAUGGACAAAUCUACCAUUUUUUGACAAUCAACCAAGACUGGAUCUGUUGGCCAAGCCUCCGCAUGGCCUGAUCCACAUUCUAGCUGAUACGACAGGUUUUCCAAGGGCAGAUGAUCUUACAUUCUUGAACAAGUGUCAUUUCCAUCAUGAACUGAACAAAUUUUAUCAAAAACCAAAGACACCCAAGCCGGAAUUUGCUAUUUGUCAUUAUGCUGGCACAGUAUGGUACCAGGUGACUGGUUUUCUAGAAAAGAACAGAGAUGGUUUAAAACCAGACCUUGAAGACCUUAUUUCUAGUUGUGGCAGUAAGUUCAUUCAGGAGCUUUUCCCAGAGCUUCAAAAUGAGGAGUUUUCAAUCAAGAGGCUGAAACUUCCUUCACAGCCUAAGAAUUCUCUCAGAUUGCCAUUAAACCAGAAAAAGAAACCAACAGUUUGUGGCAAGUUCAAUGACUCUCUCAUUAAACUUGUGGUUGCCAUGAAAAGUUGCAACCCUUUCUUUGUCAGAUGUAUUAAGCCAAACAGCACCAAGACUGCAGGAAAAUUUGAGAUUCCUCUUGUUGUUGAACAGCUGAGGUAUUGCGGAAUUGUGGAAACUGUAAAAAUCCGUAAAGCUGGCUAUCCCAUCAGAUAUCUGUAUGCAGACUUCAUAAAAAUGUAUUCUUGUUUGUCAUCACAUCUUGAUCUGGGCAGUCCAAAUCCAAGGGAGAAUGUGUCGAGAAUUCUUCAUCUCAUUGAAAGAGUUGAGCCUGCAAGUUACCAGUUUGGCAAAACAAAGGUUAGUUGUGUUAAACUCAAUUGGUUAUUAAAUUAUACAUUUUAGAUUUGAAUUCUUCUAUUAGUAAUAAUAAUAAUGAAGAAUUUGUAGUGCGCAAAUUCCAUGUGGAUAUGUUCACAUGCGCAUUACAACUCAAUUAUCUAAAACUAAACGUUGCAAGCCCUAAAAUUACAAUUACAGCUAACUAAUCUAACUCACAGAAGUGGUGGUUGUCAAAGGUGGGGAAAAAAUAAUAAAAUAACAAAGAUAAAAUAAAACAUAAUUUCUAACAGCUAAAAUUCUCAGAAAAUUACAAUAUUAUUACCUAUUAGGUAGGUACAUGUAUAUCUGAAGGACAGUUGAACAAAACUGGAAACAGUUUGGAGAUUUUUUAUUAUGACAUGUACUGCAAGUAGGAAAAACUAGCAAAAAAUGUGUGCUACAUAUGGAAAAAUAACCCUGGUUAAACUGCUAAACACUCAGAUAGUUCGCAGCACCACACCACGAGGUAUCAGUGUUCAGGGGGUUCAUUAAAGGCUGGGCACUGGCCAAACUGAGUGGCUGUGAGGAUGAUUUUUCCCACCUGGUUUGACCAUCUUGAGGAAAGUUUUUCAUAAUAAAGAAGUUCAG